AUGGAGGGCUGCUCCAAGAAGAGCGACGGCACUGUGCCCGGCCUCCCUGACGACCCCCUGAUAGAGAUCCUCUCCCACGUCCCGGCCAAGUCCGUCUGCCGGUUCAAGUGCGUGUCCAAGGCCUGGCACGACCUCAUCACCGACCCUGACAACCGUAAGAAGCUGCCCCAAGCCAUGCAAGGACUGUUCGUCGAGACGGCCGACUCCGAGGUUGAUGACACUAAAUUGGCCAGUAUCAGUUUCAGUUUCAUCGACCUGACAGUGAGAUCCGUGCCUAUGGACAUCGACCCUUCCUUCUCCUUCCUGAUGGAACGGACUGGGAUCAAGACCUUCUUCUUCUUGGAUUCCUGCAACGGGCUUAUCCUUUUCGGGCACCGUCAGGAGCCGUCUUACCUAUCGGCGGGUACCUAUAUGGUGUGCAACCCGACCACAAAGCAAUGGUCAGCCGUGCCCGCUUGCGGCUCUCGUGAAGCGCUAAGUCACACCUAUUUGGCUUUUGAUCCGGCGGUAUCCUCUCACUUUCACUUGGUCCAGUUCCAGAUGCCCGAUGUGGACAUGGAGAUAGUGUCGUUGCAUGUUUACUCGUCUGAAAAUGGGACCUGGAGCCAAAACCAAAUUGAUGAACAAAAAGAGCAAGGACAGUUGGAAGGCUGGCAUCAUCAGUUCACACUAGAGGUUCUCGACUUUCGUUGCGCCUUUGUUAAUGGCUUCCUACAUUUGAUAGUUUGGGGCCCAGAUAGACAGCACAUACUUGUUGUAGAUAUACAAGGGGAGGCAAGAAGGAUGAUCACUGUGCCAGGUAUGGCUGAUGGGAACCAAACGCACAACAUUACAUGUUAUUUAGGUCAAUCCCAAGGGCACCUACAUUGCGUGACUGUAGAGUCUGCUGAUGAAAAUAAUGACAAACUAUCCAUCUGGGUUCUUCAGAAUUAUGAUACACAGGAAUGGGUGUUGAAGAACACUAUGGACUUGGACUCUUUUGAUGUCUUUGGAGAAACAGAAGACUUGAACGAGUUUCAAGUGGUUGACAUUCAUCAAGACUGUAAUGUGGUUUUCUUUCUUCAGGAGUCUUGUAAGCUGACAACAUACGACAUGGACCGUAAGGAAGUGAGUGUCAUUGCCACUUUCAAAGAUCGCAAAGACCCGUGUGAUUUUGCUCGUUACGUUCCCUAUUUCUCAGAAUCAUCAGAUCUCACAAAUAAGUACUGA